UCGAGAUCCUGCACUGUAGUCAGGUCCUCCCGGGUCCUCGAACUCCCAUUGUCGGACGUGUACUCACACCGCAGUCCAUGAUCAUGCGGCAACCGCUGCAGCAAUCGUUGCGCUUCCCUUUGGCAGUUAGCUCCCAUUGUCCGGAUACACAUCACUUCCUUUCCGCUUAUCCUCCGAAUCCAACCAUGGCCGACGUCGUGGUGUUGGUGACAGGCGGCACGGGUCUCGUGGGUCGUGCAGUGCAAGCCGAGGUCCAAGCAUCCUCCUUGUCCAACGAGACUUGGAUCUUUGUCGGGUCUGCCGACGCUGACCUGACCGACUUGGCAGCGACACAGCGGCUGUUCGACACCCAUCGGCCCACACACGUGUUGCAUUUGGCGGCGCGAGUGGGAGGUCUGUUCAAGCAACUGCAUGAGCCCGUCGAGUUCUUCCGCGCGAAUGCCGCCAUGAACGACAACGUCCUCGCGUGCGCCCAUGCCUUGGGCGUGACCAAGGUGAUCUCGAUGCUGUCCACGUGCAUCUUCCCAGACAAGACGUCGUACCCCAUCGACGAGUCCAUGCUCCACCUCGGCCCGCCGCAUCCAUCCAACCUUGGGUACGCCGUCGCCAAGCGCAACCUGGACAUCCUCAGUCAAUGCUAUGUCCGCGAAUACGGCGAUCACUUUGCAUGUGUGAUCCCCACCAACGUAUAUGGCCCGCACGACAACUUUCACCUCCAGGACGCACACGUCAUUCCCGCCCUAGUCCACAAAUGCUGGCUCGCCAAAAAGGCUGGUGCCACGUCAUUCGUAGUCGGCGGGUCCGGGGCGCCGUUGCGGCAAUUCAUCUAUAGCCACGACCUCGCCAAACUGCUGGUGUGGGCCGUUCAUUCGUAUGAGGACGUGUCCCAGCCACUCAUUUUAGCCGGGGACGACGACGAGCUCUCGAUACGUGACGUGGCUCUCGCGAUUGCACAUGCGAUGGAGUUCAACGGGCAAGUCACGUUUGACACGACGCAACCGGAUGGCCAGCUCAAGAAAACUGCGACAAAUGCCAAGCUGCGCCAGUUGCACCCGACGUUUGAGUUCACACGCUUUCAAGAUGGGGUGGCCGCCACCGUCCGCUGGUUUAUCCGGCACUACCACGAAUGCCGCAAGUAGUAGUAGUACUAGUAGUACU